AUGGCCAAAAAAAGCGUGGAAGUUCAGGUAUUCGAUUCCGAAUUUGCUGUUUUACUUCGGGAAUCGGUGACAUACGAAAUAAAAAUGGAAACAAAAUCAAAGAGUAAAUUAAGGAACAUAGCUGUCGGAUGCGUUGUUUUAACAUUAAUGGGAAUAAUUUAUUUCGGUUAUUUCUGCCCAGAGCAAGUAUGCGCUUUAAGUUCUCAUAUAAUUAAUCGCGGUGAUCACAGUUUUUCUCAGCGAGAUUAUAGACAUCCCCUUGAUGAUAACAUAGGUCGACAAUUAACAUAUCUAACAAAUUCAAUGAGGGGACUUAAUUCGAAUAUCGGAGGUGGUUUAAGUUACGACGAUGUUUUAAAUGAAAACUUUAGGUUUGAUAUGAACGGUCAUGACGUGAUGGUGUUUUUACACAUUCAAAAAACUGGAGGGACAUCGUUCGGAAAGCAUUUAGUGCGGGAUUUAGAUUUACAAAGACCUUGCAGUUGUCAACGAAAACGAAAACGGUGCGAUUGUUUUAGACCUAAUAGAAACGAAAGUUGGCUGUUCAGCCGAUAUACUACGGGUUGGAAAUGUGGUUUGCAUGCAGAUUGGACUGAAUUAUCAGCCUGUGUAGAUAUUGAAAUGGAUAAAAAUGAAGGAGAGCAAGUGAAGAGAAGAUAUUUUUACAUCACACUUUUGAGACAUCCCAUUAGUAGAUAUUUAUCAGAAUUCAGACAUGUUCAAAGAGGAGCUACAUGGCAAGGGUCUAGGCAUUGGUGUGGAGGUAGAACACCUACUGCAGAGGAACUUCCUCCAUGUUAUGCUGGAGUUUCAUGGAACAGUGUUUCAUUGGAUGAAUUCACAGCUUGUCCUUAUAAUUUGGCUGCUAAUAGACAAACUAGAAUGAUAGCAGAUCUAGCUCUAGUCGGAUGUUAUAACACAUCAUAUAUGCAUAAAGAGGAAAGAGAUAGAGUGUUGCUGGCGAGUGCCAAGCGAAAUUUGGCAGCCAUGGCUUUUUUCGGUCUUACAGAGCACCAAAAAGUAGGCCAAUAUGUUUUUGAAGAAACAUUUAAUCUCAGGUUCUCAGUGCCAUUUGAACAAAAUAACACGACACAAUCAAGUCAAACCUUACCAAAGCUUCGAGCUGAUCAAUUAGAAACCGUCCGAAGAUUAAAUGCGUUAGAUAUUGAACUCUAUUAUUUUGCUGAAAAAUUAAUGUACCAAAGAUUUAAUAAGCUAAAGGGUAAGGAUCCUCAGUUUGAGGAAAGAUUUGCUCAUCUAGGGGAAUUGCAAUAUAAAAGUUUUAUUAAUUGGAAUACAGACAUGACCACACCAUAG